UCCGGUGAGGGGGGGUGGGCAGUGUCUGCAAACAGAGUGCGUCACUCGGUUAGUAAGCGCGGCGGCGACCUCCGCGAGGAAAACAGCACAAAGAGCAAAAGAGCGCCGCUGUUCGUCACUCUUCACCGCCGCGGCUGCUGCAGAAUGGUGAAAAUCACGUUUAAUUCCGCUUUGGCGCAGAAGGCGCUGGGCAAAGAGGGCGACGGUCUCGUCGGGGAAAAGGACCCGGAGACCGCCUCCGUGUACAACGGGGAGAGUUCCACCGGCCGCUGCCUGCUCACCCUCCUGGGCCUGGCCUUCAUCCUCACCGGGCUCAUAGUGGGAGGAGCUUGCGUGUAUCGCUACUUCACCCCCAAGAAACUAUACCAUGGCACCAUGCACUUCACUGAGCUGGACAGCGACAGCGUGCCCAUGUACGUAGCUCGCCCGCCCUACUACCUGCCCCGCAUCGACGAGGAGCUGGAGAUCCAUGAUAACGUGGCCAUCAUCAACGUGCCCAAGCCCCGCUUUGGGGAGAGCGACCCCGCGUACAUCCUGCAUGACUUCCAGAGGAAGCUGACCGCGUACCUGGACAUGACCUUGCGGAGCUGCUAUGUCAUCCCCCUGAACACCUCUGUGGUGAUGCCCCCCCAGGACCUGCUGGACCUCUUCGUGCAGCUGAUGUCUGGCUCCUACAAGACAUACCUGGUGCACGAGGACCUGGUGGUGACGGAGCGUGUCGAGGACCUGUCCAAGCUGGGCUACUACAUCAACACGCUUUGCAGUGGCAGGGACACCUACCGCAUGCAACGGCGCAGCGAACUCAUCAGCAUACAGAAGCGCUCCGUUGAGGACUGCUUCUCCAUCCGCCACUUCGAGAAUAAGUUUGUCACCAUCACCAAGAUCUGCAAGGCCUGAGCGGGCCCUGACUGGGUGGGGGUGGGGUGGGGGGUCAGAAAUAAAGGCUCUGCGUGGCAAGUAGGUGCCGUGGUAGUUGGGGGAGGGGUGCUAGAGGGGACCGGGGGUCUCCACCUCCUGUCAGACUGGAAGCAAUGAGGUUUUUGUGCAAAUAAUAAUAAAAAGCUGCAUUGUUUUGUUGUGACAUUCUCUCGCUUCGCAGCCACUAAGAUAGUAGGUUUCCUCGCAACUUGACUGAUUCCUGUUCUGCUAUUGAGGGCUCUGCUGGUCCCUCUUCUGCCCCCCCCGCCCUGCUCAUUUCUGUUUUCUUUGCGAUUAAUCGCUGUAGAUGUGCAUUUGAGUUGUCGUGUCUUGCGUUUUUUGAAGCCGUCGAUAGACUCGUUGCAUAGCAAUUUCAAAGUCGGAGAGUGAUGCCUGUGCAGCUCUGUAGGUGAGGCAAUAACAGUUUCAGAGUUAUAAUGUUUUUAUUUCAUGUAUAAUCCCCUCAGUUCCUCGAACCAGCCCCAGCUCUUCCCGAGGUUUGUAAAUAUUCAAGUUAUUCCUAAGUGGUUAUCACCCUCCCCCCUCGCGGCGUCACCCUAAAGCGCAUGUAGAAAAAUCACCUGUGCCUUUCAGGUCCUGGCUAGCGAGCUCUUGUUUUAGCAUCCUGGUAUUGGGUACCAGGCCCAGAUAUAUUAACCGAUGCGUAGAUCACACAGAAUCUGACCAGGCGCUUGGCUCUUCCUGUUAACAUGCUUCGCUCGACAGACCCGUGUACCUCCUCCUGCGGGAUUCUUGAGCUAUGGAAGAGGUGUAAAAACAUUGCAGAUGGCCCUGCAGUGGCUGAUGGACCAGUUGGCUCAUCGACAUCAGAUGGUGGUGAUGCUAAUUCGUCUCGGGGUACCAGGAAGGCCCAUUGUCUCCCAGUGAGGUCCCCAUCCCGCUUUAGCUAUUGGCCAGAAACAUAACAGCAGGCCCCUCACCACCCAAAACCCCGUUCGCCAAUUUCAGUGCCCCCAGCUUUGAGACGGGUUUUAAAAUGAAAAGCCACUCUGGUUUGCAACUGUUAUCGGUGCAAUCAAAGGGAUUGAAUCAUAAGCAGAAACACGGCCGUGCGGCAUAACGAAUUCACUGUAGAGGCCACAUUAGCGGAGUUUUUCUUCCCUACGUCACGACUAAGAGCUUCCCCUUUUUGCUAAGGUAUGAGGGAAGCAUUGCUCAGCGGCACCCCCUUCUGGCGUGUUUUGGUCAGCAGUGUUACUAUAGUUACAGUCCCCCACCAUGCCUUGCCUGCUGGUGGGUUUGGUGUUGACUUAACUGUUGUGUUUGUGGUGAGUAGUAAUAUUGUAGAUCCCAGGCUCCACUGCCGUUUGUUGUUUUUUUUUUUUUUUUUUUUUUUUUUUCCUUGCUUAUCUAACUAUUUCUCUAACCUGCAUUCCUGUGUUUUAAGCUGAAGGGCAGUAUUUUUUUUCCCCGUUUACUAUUCGCUGCCGUUUAAAUAGGAACAAAGGCAUUUUUUUAGGUUGCUGCAUGGUUUGUGUUUCAAGGGAAGACAAGAGUGUAAUUAGCACGGUGCAUUUGCGUGCUGAUCUGCGGUCUGGCUCAACUGGGCAGUGCUGAUUUGUCUGUUUUAGAGGUUUAACGCUUAGCAAAACCAUUGAGUGGAAUACACCUUGUAACUGUUUGUUGUUCAAUAAAUAUGCAUUUCUUUACAUAAA